CUGAGUAAGCAAGAACAUAAUACAAAAAAUAUAAAAGAAAAGAAAAAUGAGAGAAGGAUCUCAUGUUAUCGUCUUGCCUUUUCCGGGACAAGGCCACAUAACUCCAUUGUCUCAGUUCUGCAAACGCUUAGCCUCCAAAGGUCUUAAGCCCACUCUUAUCCUCGUCUCCGACAAACCCUCUCCGCCAUACAAAACAGAGAAGGAUUCAAUCACUGUCUUCCCCAUCUCCAACGGCUUCCAAGAAGGCGAGGACCCAUUACAAGACCUAGAUGAUUACAUGGACAGAGUAGAAACAAGCAUCAAGAAACGCUUACCGGAGUUGAUACAAGACAUGAAGCUGUCAGGAAACCCUCCUAAGGCUCUCGUGUACGACUCCACCAUGCCGUGGCUUCUUGAUGUAGCUCACGCUCAUGGUUUGAGCGGUGCCGCGUUCUUCACGCAACCUUGGCUUGUCUCGGCUAUUUACUACCAUGUUUUCAAGGGCUCCUUCUUUGUGCCGUCUACAAAGUAUGGUCACUCGACGUUAGCAUCUUUCCCUUCGUUUCCUAUAUUGAAUGCGAAUGACUUGCCGUCUUUCCUCUGCGAGUCUUCCUCUUACCCCAAUAUACUAAGGAUUGUGGUUGAUCAGCUCUCAAACAUUGAUCGUGUGGACAUAGUGUUGUGCAACACUUUCGAUAAAUUGGAAGAAAAGUUAUUGAAAUGGGUCAAAAGCAUGUGGCCAGUCUUGAACAUAGGACCAACGCUUCCAUCGAUGUACUUAGACAAGCGACUGUCUGAAGACAAGAACUACGGAUUCAGCCUUUUCACUGCAAAAUCGACUGAAUGCAUCGAGUGGCUAAACUCAAAGCAGCCUAGUUCAGUUGUUUAUGUGUCAUUUGGAAGCUUGGUGAUUCUAAAUGAAGAUCAAAUGAUGGAGCUAGCAACCGGUUUGAAACAGAGCGGAUGUUUCUUCUUGUGGGUUGUGAGAGAAACAGAAACAAACAAGAUUCCAAAAAACUAUGUAGAUGAAACCGGUGAGAAGGGACUCAUUGUGAGCUGGAGUCCUCAGCUUGAAGUUCUUGCGCAUAAAUCUGUUGGUUGUUUCUUGACACAUUGUGGAUGGAACUCGACUUUAGAAGGAUUAAGUUUGGGAGUUCCAAUGAUUGGUAUGCCUCAUUGGACAGAUCAACCUACAAAUGCUAAGUUCGUGGAGGAUGUGUGGAAGGUUGGGGUUAGGGUUAAAGCAGAAGCUGAUGGGUUUGUGAGAAGAGAGGAGAUAGUGAGAUGUGUGGGAGAAGUUAUGGAAGGAGAGAAAGGGAAAGAGAUUAGAAAGAAUGCUGAGAAGUGGAAAGUGUUGGCUCGAGAAGCUGUUUCUGAAGGAGGUAGCUCUGAUAAGAGCAUUGAUGAGUUUGUUUCUAUGGUCUGUUGAAUGAUUUAAAAUUGAGAUGUUAGAAAGUAAUUGUCUAUUGCAAAUUCACUGGUUUUUUUGUCAAGUCUUUUUUCUCUAUUAGUUGUUGUUUUUGUUUUGUUGUUUUGAUAAUUUACUUUGUUGUCGUUGUAAUAAGGAUGGUUUUUCUCAAGUUUCAAGUGAAAUAUAUGCAUGGGGAAUUACUAUUGUUUUGAUA